AAUAGACUAGCAGUAAUAGCUAUAAUGGCUGAGGAAGUAAAGGUGAUGGGCAUGUGGAUAAGCCCUUUCAGUCGCAGAGUAGAGUUAGCUCUAAAACUGAAGGGUGUCUCUUAUGAAUACAUCGAAGAAGAUCUAGCUAACAAGAGUCCUUUGCUUCUCAAAUAUAACCCAAUUCAUAAGAAGAUCCCUGUUCUCCUACACAACGAAAAGAUCAUCGUCGAAUCCACUGUCAUACUCGAAUACAUCGAUGAGACAUGGGAAGGGUAUAGCUUACUGCCUGAAGAUCCUUACCAGAGAGCCAUGGAUCGUUUCUGGGUUAAGUUCAUCGAUGAGAAGGUAAGGAAAUAUAUUUAAACUUAUCUUUUUCUG